CGCACCUGCCCAUCCCUGCGUGCCCGCACCCCAUUCUUAUCAUCCCCCAUCCCUACUUCCUUUUUAAGCCUGCCUUGUUCGUCCUCUUCCUCUUCUAGUUCUUCUCAGCACUUACCUACGCAACUCACACCCUCCAUGCCUCUGUGUCCACUUGCUGCGAAGUGUGUGCGUACUUUGCUUAAGUAGAACUGGUGACUGCUUUUCCGGUCUUCGGAAGUUGUUUCUUUUGUGGAGUUGUCUUGUGCUGUCUUCCGUUUUGCGCUGGUGAGGAUUGUAGGUACCUUCUCUGGUGAGGGUUUGGGCUGCAGUGGAUCUAUGAGUUGAGGUGAGGUGAGGUGGCGAUUGACCAAGGCUGGGCUCGUGGCUGGGCCGAAAAAGGCCGAGGACAACUAAGGGAGAGGGUUUUGAAGAUGUGCGUUGGUGCCCGAUCUGGGAUUUCGUGGUGGCUGUAGAAGAGUUGAAGUUUGAGAGGAAAACUGGACAGAGGGAUUGGAAGUGUAGGACUUGGAACAACCUGAAAUUUGCAUUGGAGGGCCACGACAGGAGAAGUUACAGGCUUGAGCGAGCUCGGGAGAGCGUGUUCUGGCAUGCGCUGUUAUAUGAACACUGGGUGAUAGAGCUAGAAUCGUCCAUGAUCUUCGCGUGCCUACUCCCGGUCUGCACCUCUUUCUUUGGACCUUUGUUUUUGCCCCCACAGCGUGCGGGGACUUCAGAGCCUCACCAUCCUUCAUCGACUAUCAGAAUCCAGUAGGCAUUGAUCUUGGCAAUGGAGACUGAAGAAGUCUAACUGCAUGCGAUUUUCUAUCUGGUUUCACAUUGAACUACAAUUAGACUUACCUGAGUAACCGUAUUAUCUUGUGCGCACGUCGAGUCAUUAAGACAUUGUUCGGGUUAGAGUAAACUGAUUUACACGACUAGUAGUGUUAGCGGCGUUCCUUUUUGAGUCUCAUGUGCGGGAUGCGAAUGGCCAAAUCUUUGAGCCGCAGCAGACUGGGGUUUGUUAAUCACGUGAGGAGGGCUUGGAAGAUGCGAGCUGGACAGUAGGCUGGACGUUGUUAGGCGUUACCUGUGCCGAGGAGCGGCGGAGCAGUACCUGGAAUCGCUGACCGAUAAAGAUUCCUUGUUAUUCCCGACGUGAUAUCAGAUUACAAGUUGUAAUUUGGUCCAUUUCUGCUUGUAAAAAGCAGGAAUUAUUUCAGCUCAAGAGCGUGCUUCAAAUUGUGUGAAAUGGCAGGUCCAGCAGGAGCUUUAUGGAGUACUUGUGAUCCACAGCCUAUUCAACAGGCAGAGAUAUUUAGUGGUCCUGACAACCAAGCUGGUUUGAUGUCUUUUCAUGUGGAUACCCCGUUCCAUUGGGGAUCUGAACCAUGGGCUCUCCACUCUCGGUCAGAUGACAUCGCCUUGAUGUCCCCCUCGCUUGUUCACGACAUAUCACCUUAUGAUUCUGUCUUGCAUCUUUCCGGAGUGUCUGGGGAUGUGCAAGAUUUAGUUUGCGGGAAUCCCAAAUUUCGCCAAAGUGGGCAAUGGGGGCAGAGCGAGUUUUCAUACUCUGUUCAGGACAACAUGCAAGAUCUCCUAACCAACCAGUUCAUACCGUACAACACAUCUUCAUUGGGUUUAAAUCAUCUCUCCCCGAAUUUCACCGACUUGGAUUGCGCACCGGUAUACAAUGAUACCAAGGCUUUUGGCACUGUUACACACAACAGGGCAGUCCCGAGCACUAAUACCCAGAGUGCUCAGCACGGGAGUUCGUCUAUGGUUUCAAGUAACAGGCCAAUCACUAGCACAGCUUCUCCUACUACUCAGUAUGGAGGUCCGAGGACUCCAUCCCAAACCACCCAGUACGGGGGUUCAUCUAUGGUUACCAACUCGAUGGAAAUGUUUGCUUCAGCUGCACCUCAGGGUAUUAUGACUACAUCUGGCUUGAGUGGCGGUUGCAACUCAGACUUGAUGCAUCUGCCGAAGCGCCAGCAUGCUCACUCUCUUCCUCCUACCACUGGCAGAGAUUUAACUGCAUCUGAAGUGGUAUCUGGAAAUUCGAUAUCAAACAUUUCCGGGGUUGGAUCUUUUAACAGCAGCCAGAAAAGCAGUGCAUCCGUGAUGAUGUCUCCUUUAGCUGCUUCUUCUCACAUGCACAAGGCUGCUGCUGUAUCUGAAGAACUUAAGAUGGCAAGUUUCAACCCUGGUCCAUUCGUACCUACGCAGAAAAAGCAGCAACAUGAGCAGCAGGAUACGAUGACCUCUAAUCGUAUAUGGGCGGAUAAGAACAACUUGGGAAAAAUUAGUUCAUCGCCCAUUCCGAUCAUGGGGUUUGAGCAGAGUCAACAGCAAUCCAUGAGCAAUUCCUCCCCUGUUACCAGUUUGGGGUUUGAGCAAAGGCAAAAAAUGUCCAUGGGUAGCUCUCCCUCCAUCACGAUCAUUGGAUUUGAGCAAAGACAGAAGCAACCUAUGAGUAGUUCUUCCCCCAUUUCAAACAUGGUUUUUGAACCAAGACAAAAACAGCCAAUGAGUAGCUCUUCUCCUAUCUCUAAUAUUGUCUUUGAGCAAAGACAACUCCCAACUGUGGGUAGCUCUCCUCCGAUUUCAAUCUCAGGAUUUGAGCCAAAGAAACAACCAUCUUUGAGCAAUUCUCCUCCCCUCUCUAAUCUGGGUUUUGAGCAAAGGCUACAACCCAUGAGUAAUGCAUCUCCUAUUUCCAACUUACCCUUUGAGCAACAAAGACAACAAGCAACCAUGAGUAACACCAGAUCUGCAGAACCCGAUUCUGUCGAGUCUACCACGAAGUGGCCCUUGCGGAUGGAUGGUGCCAUAGGUGGAUGUGCUGGCUUACCAAGCAGUCAGAAAGCUCCUGUUAUCAUGCAGCCUGAGACUGGGACUAUGAAGUGUCCUAUUCCGAGGACCAUGCCCAGCAAUGCUAAGGCUUGCCCAGCUGUGCAGAAUGCUAAUUCCGUAAACAAGCGCCCUCUUACGGUUGAUGACAAGGACCAAACUGGAUCGAUGAAUAAGAAGUCGAUGCAAAAGUUUUUGGGACCUCAAGGUUGUAGCAGACUUGAAAGUAUCAGUGCUUUAGCUCACCAAAAAGUGAGUCAAAGUACAACAAGCGGUCGUGCUCUAGGGCCUGCUUUGAACACCAAUCUCAAGCCUCGUGCACGCCAAGGGAGUGCCAAUGAUCCGCAGAGCAUUGCUGCUAGGGUGCGAAGAGAAAGAAUAAGUGAGCGGCUCAAAGUUUUGCAAGCCUUGAUACCUAACGGUGAUAAAGUGGAUAUGGUCACCAUGCUGGAGAAGGCUAUCAGCUACGUGCAGUGUUUGGAAUUUCAGAUUAAGAUGUUAAAAAAUGACUCUUUGUGGCCUAAGGCGCUUGGCCCUCUACCGAACACUUUGCAAGAGCUUCUCGAACUUGCUGGGCCAGAGUUUGCCGGCAUAGAUGGCAAGAAUACUGAGGAGUCGUCAGAGAAACCGAAGAAAUCUGCUCUUGAAGUAAUUGAGUUGGACGGCAAUCAGCCUUCUGCUGACUAAGUAGAAAACAUCAGUCGAAGUGUAUUAUGCUUAUUUAUAUAAAUAUUAUGUAUGUAGUUGUUAAUAAGAACAAGUUUUAGGAGGGGGUUUGUUGUGAAGUGGAGUUGACAGAAGCAUCUGCCUUCUUUUCACGUCAGAUCCUCUCCAUAAGCAGAGGUUAUUCGCUUUCAGGUUAGCCCUGCUGUUUUUUUGUUACGUUGGGUGGUUUGUCCGUACUGAUUUUGAAUCCAGGGUUUUGGUUCCGAUAAAUGUCAAGACCCAGAACUCCCUAUAAUUUGGACCUCACAUGUCCUUGUUUCAACAAGGCUUUAGUUUUUUGGUGUGCACUGGGGCCUUGUAUCUUGUUGGUUGCAAACUAGGUUCAUUCCAGUGUCCAGUGGACGCGAGAAUGCACCUGGAUGCAACUUCCUGCUGCAUGUACUGUUGAAGCUGUGAAUCAGACGUGCACUCGAUGUACUUGUACGAUGA